UAGAUUGUAAGGAAUGCAACUUUCUGUCAAUAUAAAUUGCAUGCAAUGGCAGCAUGAUCUAACAGUGUGUGCCCUUUUUCUAAUAAGGCAACCAGUCUCUCUUCCUUCCAGUGGUAGUACAUUUGUGAUAUCUGGAAUGGAAGUCAUCAACAAACAUAACACAGUUCAACAGCUACUAACUGUGGAGCAAGAAGUUCAGCAGAUUUUGAAUGCUUCCAGAAAUGCUAAAACGGCUAAACUAAAACAAGCUAAAGAGGAAGCUGAGAAGGAGAAUGCUGAUUUCCAUGCUCAAAUGGAAGUUGACUUUCAGAGAAAACAUGCAGAGGGAGGUGGACAUUCAGGUCCUCUGAAGAGAAUUGAGCAAGAGACAGAGGCCUUCCAUCAUUUGAAGAUUGAUGCUGCAAGAAUAUCAAAUGACAUUGUGCGGAUGCUUUUGGAAUAUACAACUGUGACCAACUAAGAUCAUUCAUGCCUUCAUUUGUGAUUGCAUUAUCUCUGCUUCAGAUAUUUAUGACUUGCAUCAUUUACAUAGUUCCUUUCACAGAAAAAAAAAAAAAAAAAAAAAAAAAA